AUGGCCACCAACGCCCGCCAGGCUGCCUACGCACCGCCCAAUGCAGGAUACAAGGGACACAACAUGGUCUACAACCAGACCAGUCAGGGCCAUGGCUCGGCUCAGUACCUCCCCCGAGGUCUGCCCAUGUCCCCCCAUGGUGAUAGCAACAUGCAGGGUCUGACAAACAAUAUGGCAGCUCUCAACAUGCACGCCUCAUAUGGCUCGUCCGCCACCUCCAAGUCAGCUGGCUCUGCUUUGUCGGGCAACUCCUCCGACUACAGCAACAUGCCCAUGUCCCAGGGCCAGGGCCUCUGGGUCCCGAACCAGCAUGUUCUCGGAUCAAUGUAUCAGGUAAUGCCCGGCGGCCAACAACAGACUGGCAUGACACCGUCCCCCAACAUGUACAGCCAUGGUGGUGCAUACGUUCCCCAGGCUGCGUACCAGUACGGUCAAGCCGUUGUCGACAACAGCCCUAUGCCACCGGCAUGGGCUGCUCGCAUGUCCUCGGCUGAGAUGCCGUCGCUCAUGACGCCCCGCCGCGACUCCAUCUCCUCCAACGAGAACGAUAUUCCAGGCACACCAUACGGCAGUGGUGGUAUGUAUCGCUAUGGAGCCGGCGCCACCAUCAUGGAUCGUUCCCCGAGCGGCAUGUACACGAGCAGUGCUACCCCAUCACCAUCACAACUGGCACACCCCUAUCAGGUCAUGGCGCCCAUCCCGAAGCAACAGACCAUGCCCACAUUGCCUCCCCAUCUACUGGCUUUAGUGCACCAGGAGCCUCCGAUCCCGAGGGCAAUCCCAGCUCCUAGCUCUCCGCACAAGCCGCUCGACCGUAGCCUGGAGAACAAGACUGGCGAGACCAACGUGUACAUUCGAGGCCUGCUUCCGGAGACUGCAGACGAGAUGCUACAUUCUUGGGGCAAGCGUUUUGGUGACAUCCAGAGCUCCAAGUCUAUCAUCGACCUGAAGACCAACCUCUGCAAAGGGUUCGGCUUUAUCAAAUAUCACAAUUUCGAGGACGCCGAGGAUUGCAUUCGCGGCUUCCACUAUCUUGGAUAUGAGGUCAGCUUUGCUCGGGAAUCCUUCUACUCCAAGCUCAAGAAGUUCGCCGACGAGUGCAACACGAAUCUUUAUGUCUCCAACAUCCCCAAGAACAUGAACGAACAUGAACUCGCCUCUAUCUUCGCACCUCACAAGGUCUGCUCGAGCAGGAUCCUCCGCGACUCUUCUGGUACUGGUCGCGGCGUCGGAUUUGCUCGCUUCGAAUCUCGCGACAUCUGCGACGAUGUCAUCAAGACAUUCAACAACACGCCCGUCUCGAAGCCCGGUGGUGAAGAGCAUCUCAUCCAGAUCCGCUUCUCCGACACACAUGAGCAAAAGAUGUUAAAGCAGCAGACCGCAGCUGGUCGUGUCUUCCGUGCCGCGGAGUACGAGGUCGGCGUUGCUCAGGCUAGGGCACUGGGCACCCCUGAUCGUUACCUCACCAUAUCCCCGGUGUCGCAGGGAGCCACGAACGAGUUCGAGAUGUUCAUGCAGCGUGGCUAUCGGCAGCCGUGGGCACCCACUGUUCCUUCGACCCUUGGACCCUCACGCCCAAACACGUACCACAUGACGCAUGGCGGUGCUAUCAAGAGCGAUGAUGGCACGUCUGACAAUGGCGUCGAUAACAAGACCACCCCCGCUACUCCCGUCAAGGCCGAUGACAAGACCAUCUCCCCGAACCGACCCUCUAACCGCGACGAGUAA